GAUCGACUCAACUCCAAAAGUUUGACGAGACUGAGGGGUGUUCUCACAGCUCCGUCUCUAGUGUGCACUAAAAGCUUCCUGUGAAGAGAAAAGAGUUUCAUAUCUGUUGAAAUGAACUGGAAGAGAGGUUCUCUGAGGGACUUCCUUAUUUAAGCUGGAAACACACAGACUAUAUUCAUUGUCAUGGCACCUGGAACUCGGUGCCGGUGAGGAGUUUUAAACUUGAUGCGGUGUUAGAGAAUCAGCUGAAAGAUACAAGAAUGUCCAAAACAAUGUGAACCUCUCCCAUGUUUUUGAACCGCUGAGGAAGACGACGUUGGGAAAUCACAUGUGAUCCUGUGGGAUUCUACUUAAGGCUGGAGGUGGAGUAGCAAGAAAAACUGAAAAUGAGUCAUGAGGUACAAGAAAAUCAGGGGACGGGACUGAGAGACGCGUUUGACAUAUUAUCUAAAGAGCCUUCGGAGCGACUGCUGAGCCUGACGAUUCAGUUGGGUGAGUCUCCUGAGGAGAAUAUCAUACACGCCUUGUGCCUUAUCAUUCUCCAUAGAGAGGAUCGGGCCCUUGACAAACUCCAGAUGCUGAAGGACAACUACCUUGCUAACCACGUGGCUGAAAGGUGGCAAAUGAGUCGAGGGAAUUUAGAAGAUUUUGCGGCUAGUUGUGGUGAAUUCCAAGAGUUAACAGGAGAAUCCUUGGCAGUGUUGGCUCGAAUUUUUCGAGUUUUGUCUGAGCGGAGGCUGUGUGGUCCCCUCCUGAGGAAUCUGGCAUAUCAGAGAGCCAUUUCCAUGGAGAGUCACAAAACAAGCAGUUGUGAGAAUCUGGAAUAUGAUCCAUUCAAGGAAGAAGCUAAAGAUGUCUGUGGGCCUCAGAUUGAAGAGUGGAUGUCCUCCUUGAGAGACCUCAAGUCUGUCAGCCUGGAUGAAAUAAACAUGACAUUAAAAGCUACUGAUCAGUCAGAGAGAGCUUAUAGUCUUGCCAGCCCUCUGCAGGUGAGCUUGUCAAUGCCCUCAUACCCAACUCAUCUAGAGAUUAGUAUACCCCCAACAGCCUCAUUUCAUGGGGACACAAUGGCUCCAGAGACAUCGGAUAACACCAAACCCAAGACUAGUGUCCUCCUCGCGCCUCGGCAGUCUCAUUCAUCGGAGGAGCCUCAGACAAAACCCAGGGAACCUGCUCUGCUUGAAGCAAAGACAGUCUCAAAGAUGGAUGCAGCAUUUGCUGCGGUGUGUGGGAAGUCGGCUGGUCCUCACGUUCAGAUUAAGACUCCAAACGAAUCCACCAAACUACCCGCUGCAACAAAAACGUUUGUACCUGAUUCAAAAGAGAAGCAUGAAAGUAAAGGUGCAGAAGAGGAGGAAGAGGCAGUCUUUUACGCAUUUGUCAUCCUGCACGCACCAGAAGAUACAGAUGUGGCCGAGAACUUGAAGGAAAGACUGGAAACGGUCAGCGGAUGGGAAGGUGCAACUUUCUCGGGGGACUUUGCCAUCCCUGGAAGGAGCACUCUGAAGUGUGUGGAGGAUGCUAUCAACAACUCAGCCUUCACCAUCCUGCUGCUCACACGCAACUUCAACACUCGUAUGGUGGAGACGGAGACGGACACGGCCCUUAUCAACUCCAUUAACAAGAAAUACAAGCACAACACUGUUAUCCCUCUGCUGCCACGGGAGAACCCUUUGCCAAAACAGAGCUGGCCCCUGGUCCUGCAUACAAUAGUUCCACUCGACGAGAACAGGAACUUUGAGAGGAAGGUACGAAGCUCCUUGUCUCCAGCAAAACUUAAAAAUCAAAAGAGAAUCUGGGAAGAGGGACAGAGAAUGAAAAGACAGAUGGAGAGACAGGACGAACUAAAGCGGUUAAACGAAUAUGAAAAGCAGUUUAUACAAGAGUGUAAACUGGCACAGUCGCAGGAGCGAGAGAACCGGAGGCUUUUGGUGACACAAAGACUUCUUCUUGGUCUCAGUGUUGAACCAGAAGAGGAUGGCGGCGACGGCAGGAGGCAACCACCAAGCAUCCAUAUUGAAAAUGCUCAAUACAUAAUGAUUGGUAAUGACUCUCAAAUGACUGUGGAUCACUUUGGAGGUAUAGACAAGGAUGAUUCAGUUUACUCUGAGGAGUAGCAAUAAACUGACAUUGGUAAAAAAUGUUAAAUUGAUAUUUUCCUGGGGGAUAAAAUGUCACAGCUAUAGCAAACACUAUUGGAUAUUCAAUGCAGAUUUGUUUCAGUGUACUUCGACCUGUUUGUAACCUUCAAUGAUUCACUGGGCAGAACAGAGACGUUUUAGAUUAAUGUUCAGCUGAGGACUGCCAUCUGCUGACCGAUUAUUGGUACAUAGCUCCCGACCUCUUCCGCUGUGUGAACCCAGCGCAGACACUAGGAUGUGAUGUUGUCACAUUUUUCUCAUUGCCCCUCUCAGGAGCCUCUGAAGUGCAGUGUCAAGCCAACAGCAUUACAUUUUUUUGCAUCAGAGAGCUAAAAGAGGUUAAAUAAAAUCAGACUUUUAAGCUAUUCAGUAUUCGACGAGGGUGUUCAGAUGAGUGUGUGUACUGUAAAUUCGCUUUGCCAAGGUACAGUUUAAAGGUAACUGUAAAUAUUUUAACUUUUGGUGAUUGGAUUUCUAGAUUUCCAAGUUCAUAGCAGUUGGGGCCAUCUCCUCAAUAUGAUCCUUCACGUCCGUGAUCUUGACUUUUAUAGGAUCUCAUUUGGAUGAAGUUUUUCGCCUUUUCAGUGGUAACACUUUCAUGGGUUUAGUUGCUGAGAACAACAGUAACAGAUUGUUAACAAAAUAUGCUGGUUGCCAAUAAAUGUUGAAAUGAUUUGUAAGUGUC